CCACAAUGCAACAUCUGCCCCUCCUCUCUAUGGCUGAUAAGCAUAACAUCGCCAAGCUAAUGGCGUGCUGACUACUUCCGGGUGGUGAAGGGUAGCUCUAACUAAACUACUACGGGUCCGGCCUUCUCGCAGCCUAAUCUGGGGCCCGUUGUCAUCCGCGCUUGCGCCCGAGGUCAACUCGGCAAAGGCCCGCGAGAACAGCGAGGGGGCGGAGCCAGGCCCUGACUCCGCGCCAUCGCCAUGGCAGAGGAAAAGAGGCGGGACGGUCGGCGACGUGCGCAGGCGUCAGCGCAGGCGCAGCGGGCGGCGGAGCGGAGCCGGGGCUCGGCAGCUUGUUAAGAUCUUGAAAAAUCACAAGAUCCCUCUUCAGAGCCAUAAAGAUGGAGGACAAGAAGCGCCUUGCUUAUUCCAUCAUUCAGUUUCUGCAUGACCAGCUGCAUCAUGGAGGCCUUUCUCCUGAUGCCCAGGAGAGUUUGGAAGUUGCGAUCCAGUGCCUGGAGACAGCUUUUGGGGUGACUGUUGAUGACCGAGAUCUAGCUGUAUCAAAAACUCUGCCAGAAAUAUUUGAAGCUGCUACAGGAAAAAAAGAUAUGUCCUACAUCCGUAGGAAUUCUCAACCCAUCACCCUCUCUGAUGAAGAUACAGCUGAAGCUGAGAGACUGAAGACUGAAGGAAAUGAACAAAUGAAAAUAGAAAAUUUUGAAGCAGCAGUCUCUUUUUAUGGAAAAGCAAUUGAAUUAAAUCCAGCCAAUGCUGUGUAUUUUUGCAACAGAGCUGCUGCCUACAGCAAACUUGGAAAUUAUGCGGGUGCCGUGAGAGACUGUGAAAGAGCCAUUGGCAUAGACCCCUACUACAGCAAAGCCUAUGGCAGAAUGGGCUUAGCACUUUCAAGUUUAAACAAGCACACAGAGGCUGUAGUCUACUAUAAGAAGGCCCUGGAAUUGGACCCAGAAAAUGACACAUACAAAUCAAACCUCAAGAUAGCUGAACAGAAAAUGAAAGAAACACCCAGCCCUACAGGAGGCACUGGAGGCUUUGACCAACUAGCUGGCUUGCUGAAUAAUCCAGGCUUCAUGAGUAUGGCAUCAAAUCUCAUGAAUAAUCCUCAAGUACAGCAACUAGGCCAACAGUUUGCUCAGCAGAUGCAGCAACAAAAUCCAGAGUUGAUAGAACAGCUCAGAAGCCAGAUUAGAAGUCGGACCCCUAGUGCCAGCAAUGAUGACCAGCAGGAAUGAACAGUGAAGGUCAGCACCAUUGAGAAUUGAGUCCUUCGAUGUACAGACUGGAAGCCAUGUGUUCUGCCAUUUCUCCAGUUGGAAUAUCCAAGAGAGAAAAAAGAAAAAAAAUUAUUGGACCUGCAUGUUAAGACGGAUUCUUAUUUUCCUUUUCUUUCCCUCUCCUUCCCUCUGUCCCCCAGACUAUAUUUUUUUUUCCCGAAAAAGAGCCAGCAAGCUGUAAACACAAACCAGCAUCCACCCUCUUUCUAGCUCUCAGAAAGUCAGUUACCGAAGUAUUUUCUACAGUGGGGCCUGUGGGUGGUUCUCAGCCUCAUCUACGAGAUGUUUCAAGUUUUCUGUAAGAAGCCUUCACCAUCUUGUGUUUAUGGGCCACACACACUGGCUACCUGGGGCUUUUGAGGGUUGUGUUCAUCUCCUCUUUAUUUUUUUAAAGAGGAAAAAAGUAUUUUCUUUCAUGAUUAGAAAUCAGUUUCUAAACACAAACAUGCUCUCAGGUUGCCGGGUAUUCCCCAGUGCUCCUCCAGCUGAGUGUCCUGCUCUAAUAAUGCUCACUGCCAUUUACAAUCUGGGGCGUAAAGAUGUCGUCAGUGUAGUUUGGAUUAUCUGUAUGCAUGGAAAAAGUUUCAUUAUGGAUGUGUAUAGAAGCUUUUGUUAACCUGAACCUUGUAGGGGGAGGGGGCAGUCUUAUUGGGGUGCGUAAGACCAGUUUCUGUGACUUUCUUCAAAUUGAGCAUUUUGAUAGGAAUUUUUUUUUUCCUCAGAUCCUUUUUGCCAGUGAUCUCAAACAUCUAGUCACAAUCAUGAUUUGUACCUGGUGCCCACUUGUUUCUCAUUCACCAGGUGGAGAGACUUGAGCUUCACCCAUCAGUCUUAUCACCCAUUCAUUGCCUAUCUCACUGUCCCUUUACACACAGAUGAUAGCGGACACUUGGGUUUCUACUGGAGAGGAAUAUCUGCAUGAUUUCUCUCUUACUGUGGAAGUAGACUGGGACUGAUAAGGGACAACAGAGCCAGCAACCUGCAUGGUCAGCUGCUGGUCUCAUGAAGGUGGCAAACAGUAGCAUUUUAUAGGAGCUUGCAGGGAGAUGAGGCUGUAGUUGCCCACGUAGCAGUGGAAUUAGCAUCCAUGCUCAACAGUAGUUUGGAUACCUCAUUAAAUCCUGGAGGCCUCUACUCAUCGUGAACAGAUAGAGUUUGGCAAAGGUGUGAGAAGGGAAAAGAGAAGACAAGGAAGAAGAGAGCUUAUGAUCCAGGCAAGGUGACAGUGUCUCAGUCUUGUAACAGAUAAUUGAAUGGAAGGCUCCAUAGUUAGAAAGGGCACCUUAUCCCCCUGUUACUUUCAGGGAGCCUCUUGGGGAGAUAGAUGAGCUUUGAAUGUUCUAGAUGACUAGCAGGAAACAAAAUGAUCACCUGUAAUCCAUCAUCACCCACAAUGUUUUUAACUCUUCAGUUUUAACUGUGUUGAAGAAUGUAACGUGUGGGGAAUAAAUAUACGUUGUGACCUUUUUA